CCUUGAGGGUAUGGGCGCCUGCGAUGAGAAAUCAACGAACUAUAACUGAUUUACCUCUCGAAGUCCUCGAUCUAAUUUUCAAGAAUUUACGUAACCUAAGAGACAAACUUCGACUGGCGCAGACUCAUGAACAUCUGGGAAAAGGGUUUUCCUACCACAGUGGCAGUGAAUAUAGGAGGUUCUCCCCAAAAACACAUUUUCCGGUUCGGUUGUAUCGCGUUCUGCUGGCAGAAUGCGGCCCCUCGAUUGUGGAGUUCAUUUGUGGGUCGGACACCUGGAGCGAUCUGUUGGCCAAGUCAAUUGCAAAGCACUGUCCCAAUUUGGAAUCGGUGAACAUUAGUGUUACAUUAAGAACCAGCCACAGUGUCCAGGUAUUUCUGCUCAACAUGGCAGAAUCGCUGAUUUCAGUUGAACUAAAACUCAACGAAAGUUGUCAGUCGCCGAGGAUCCUUAAUGCACUAGCAGAGCUCAAAAAUCUGAAAAAGUUGUUGUAUGAAGGAUAUAUCGACAGAGGAGUUAACCAGCUGUACAAGUUAGAGGCUCUAGAGGAGCUAAGACUCGACUAUCAUGGAAAGGGAUACAGAUGUAGAUCGGUGAAUCUCCUGCAGAUUUGUGGACCCAUGAAGAAUCUCCGCUGCUUGACUGUGUCCAACAUGGUAAUAACUGCAGGAGAAGGCUUUAAUGCCAUGAUGUGGCCAACCUUGAAAGAGCUCAAAAUGCAGAACUGCGAGAUAUCCACAGUGUUACCCGAUUGUCCGAAGCUUAAAACUUUUUAUAUUAAAUUCUCCAAAUGCCGAAUGAAGGGUUACGUAUGCAACUUUAUCCUGAAGAACGGCAAAAAUAUCGAGGAAAUCGAUGAGAGCUGUGAGCCCGCACCUUUUGAUACGCACAAUUUUCUCGAAAUGAUCCGAACCUGCCGGAAACUACAAUCAUUCUCAACUCCUUUGAGUGGUAUAAAGAUCUACCAAUCAUUCGUAACCUCUUUAGUGGAAAUAUUGAAGGAGAGUCGCGCGACACGAAGUGAGCCCUUCGAUCUGAUAUUGUACUCCCGAGAUAAGCUAAGAUGGUUUCGACGAUUUCUACAUCGCACCUCUAGUCCUGAAGUUAUCCAUACGCUUUACCUGUAUAAGUUCUAGGGAUUUGGAACAUGUGUGUUUAUAAAAAUUAAAAAAUAUAUUUAUUUUAUAUAGAGUUAAAUAAAUAAAUUUAUAUAGUGUUAAAAGAAUGAU